AUGUCUCUAGCGAUCCCUGAGAAGUUCCAGCACAUUUUACAAGUACUCAAUACCAACAUUGAUGGGUGGUGGAAACAGCCUUCACCAUCGCUGCCAUUAGGGCUGUGGGGGUGGAGUUACGCUCACGUGGUGUUGAGGAACGCAGACAUUGACGUCACCAAGACGGUUGGAGAACUCAUGGAGGAUGAGGUGGAGCGUGUGAUCACCAUCAUGCAGAAUCCACGACAGGACAAGAUCCCUACCUGGUUCUUGAACAGACAGAUGGAUGUGAAGGACAGGAAGUACGACCAGGUUCUGGCCAACAAUCCAGACAACAAGUUGCAUGAGGACCUGGAGCAGCUGAAUAAAAUUCAAGCCCAGAGGGGGCUACAGCACUUUUGGGGCCUUCGUGUCCGCGGUCAGCACACUGAGACCAUUGGCCGCAGGGGCUGGACUGUGGUAUAG